AUGGGCAGUGGUCCGGGGGAUCCAGAACACCACGCUGACCCCGCGGCACAGCGCCAAGCCCCCCAGAGCCGCCGGCCUGGACCGUGCCCUGCUGCCGCACCCCCAGAAGUGGACUCUGCCACCCGCGUCCCCGCCAGGCCCUCACCCUCUCUUUCCCUACGGCUGGCUUCUGACAUGAACGAUAGCCUGGACACACCACCUCACUUACGGGCGGACGCACAGGCCUCAGGAGGACCGAGACCCAGCGAGCGCGUCCUCCUGGCCGGCAAGCAGCAGCCGCUUGGCACACCCGGAGUGACUAGCAGCUCUCACAGCCUCCGGCCUCCGGAUGGACAGUCUGCCCGGCCCGCCCCCGGAGCAGCCCAGAGGAGGAAAGCCUUCAGGACACAGGCUGCGGGGCGCUACUUGGCUCCUAAGAGCAGCCUCUGCCAGGCGCGCAGCCUGGAGCGCACCUGCCGAGGCAAAGCCCAAGAGCUGACCGUGCCAUCUGCCCCCCCGAGGGAGAGGGAAGCCUGGUGCAAUCACAGCAACAUGCAAGGCCUGCAUGACGUGCCCCCCAGCGCGCCCCGCGCCCCCACCCCUCCACGGCCUGCCCGGGUGCAGCAGGACCACCCCGGGCACCAGCCCGUGGGCUCAGCGGCCGAACGCUCCGUCGGGACAGGGGCAGGGCUGCUGCAGAGGGACAGCGCGGCCCAGUUACGCCCACGACACCAAGUGAGCACGCGCCAAGUGCUCUGA